CUUCUGCGCUAACAGGGAUCUACGUAAGAUCAGCUACCCACGGCCAGUCGUCACACUAACAAGCAGCACCUGUUUGAUACCUCCAAAGCGAUGGGAGUUUAGUAACAACAUUAAUCUCCUUAUCAGCUUCUGUCGCUUCGUAGGCAGUAUGGAUAUGGACGAUAAGUUUCCUCUUCAUACCGCUGCUCGUGAGGGGCGAGUAACUGUUUUUGAAGGGCUUCUCAAGUCAGACCCAAAAUUGUCGCAACGAAAGGACAAUGAUGGUCGGUAUCCAAUACACUGGGCAGCUUCAUCUAACAACUUGGACAUCGUCCAGUUGUUAGCCAACCAACGCAGUUUCGAUGCUGAUGUCCAGGACGAAAGCGGGUGGUCUCCUUUGAUGAUCUCAGCCAGUGUUCCGGAGGGUGAAGCUGUUGUCAAAUUUAUCAUGUCCAAAGACGCGGACGUGAACCUCAAGAACUCUGCUGGACAGACUGCCCUUCACUUUGUCGCCUCCAAGAAGAACCUUGAUAUUGCCCGCGUUCUUAUCGACAACGGCGCGUCGACCCGAGUACGCGAUUGCAGGGGGCAGUAUCCCAUACAUCGCGCUGCUGCUGUCGGUUCUGUGCCAAUGGUGACUCUGCUUCUCAAAAACAGAAGUCCGCUAAACCCUGCUGAUAAUGAGGGUUUCACCCCCCUCCAUCACGCAAUUGCAGAGGGACAUGGAGACACUGCUGUUGCCCUGCUCAAAGAAGGCGCUGAUUUCACCCUAAAGAACAGCGCGGAUGAGCUAGCACUUGAUCUGGCACCAGAUAAAGAAGUACGCCGAUAUGUCUUACAAGGUGCAGAGCGUGAGGGUAUCGAGUUGCCAGGGUAGCUAGGAAUACAUGCUGGAAGAAGGGAGAGAAAAGGUGCAACACAUCACGACUUUUCCCGAGUCUAAGAUGCAAACACGAGAAAGCAAUGAAAACAAGGCAGAAGAUAACCAAGUAAAAUAUAAUCAAGCUCUUCCCUUUUCUUACUUCAUCA